UCCCAAUCCCAGCGACGUGAGGCUGAGAGGAGAAAGAAAGACAAGAAAAAAAUGGCGAAAUCAAUGAGAUCGAAGAAAGAAAAGAGACUGAGAGCUAUUAGAAGAGAGAUGGUUCAGCCCUUGUAUGAAAAGAAAGACGAAGCCAAGUUCGCUGCCCUUGAAGCCGCCCUUAACGCCCCAAAGCUCCCUGUUCGUACUCGUCCCGAUGAAACUGCUUCAAUGGAUGUCUCCGCCGCCGCCACCACCACCACCAGCAGCAACGCCGAUAUGGAUGUGGAGAUGGAUGAAGGCAGCAGCAGAAAGUCGUUGAAACCUAUCGGGAGGAGGUUGAAAAAGAAACUGAAGCUGAGCAAAAGGAAGUAUCGCGGCAAAGGCAAAAUAAGGAAGAAGAACAUAUAAUUAGUUGGUUUUAUGACCUCUUCAAUUUGAGUUUGGUUUUGUGAUAUGUUAGUAGGCUAUUCUAUUAAUGAAAUUCCUUCAUCUUCAUGUGGAUGGAUGUUACAUGGACAACAAUAGUUGUUGAGUUUUAUAUGUGAGAUCAUCUAUGGCUCAUUAUCAUUUAUCAUGCUCUU